AAAAAAUACAAAUAUAUCAUCCUCAUUGGCUCAUCAUCACCCAAAUUAAAAAAAAACCACAAAAAUAAAGAGAAAAAACAUGUCUUUUAGUUUAUCCUCAUCAAAAAUCGGAAAAGAAAAAAGCACAAAGAAAUGGACAGGGUCUUUUCAGUGGGUGACAUUUCAGACCACUUUUGGUCGCCGCCGCCACAACCACCACCACUUAAUGAUGAUCCUAAAAUGAACAGAAGUCCUUCUGAAUGGGCGUUUCAAAGAUUUCUUCAGGAAGCUUCUCCUCUUUCCGAUACUUCAUCUUCCAAAUCCCUUGCUGAAAAUGAUGUUGUUGAGCUCAAGGAUUCUCAUCAUCAAACCAACAAAGAUAUUACUAGUAAAAUGGAGUCGAUUGUUCAUCAAGGAUCAGGUUCUGUUGCUAUUGAUUCUGAGAAGUAUCAAGCUAUUCUUAAAAGUAAACUCAAUUUAGCUUGUGCUGCUGUUGCUAUGACUAGGGCACCCUUCGUUAUAAAUCAAAAUCAAAGCUCUGUUGGUGCUGCAGAAAGUGCAACACAGGGUUCAGAUGAUUCAAAACCCGCUUCCCAUCGUCCAUGUAAAGGGUCCCAAGAUAUGGAAGCAAAGCCUGUUGGAAUUCCUUCCCUACCUGCCGUGCCCAAGAAGCCUCUUACGCAGACCAAGCAGGCCACAAGUUAUUCAUCAGAUCAGUCAGAUGAUGAUGAUUUAGACUGUGAAAAUGAGACAACCGACACUAUGGAUCCUGCUGAUGUAAAGCGUGUAAGGAGAAUGCUUUCAAAUAGAGAAUCAGCUAGACGCUCACGGAGGAGAAAGCAGGCACAUUUGACUGAACUUGAGACACAGGUGUCUCAGCUGAGAGGUGAAAAUUCUUCAUUGUUGAAACGUCUAACUGACGUAAGUCAAAAAUUCAAUGACGCUGCUGUCGACAAUAGGGUUUUAAAAGCUGAUGUCGAAACUUUAAGAGCAAAGGUAAAAAUGGCGGAGGAGUCUGUGAAGAGAAUUACGGGAAUUAACCCUUUGCUGCAAGCAAUGUCCGAAAUUUCUUCUAUGGGGAUGACACCCUUUAGCAGAAGCCCUUCCGACUCAACUGAUGGUGCCGUUCCAGUGCAAGAUCGUCCUAAUCAACCCCAUUUGUGUCAGCAUGUAGAUAAUCCCCUUCCUGGUUCCAAUCCAAGAGUCGAUAAUGGAGUCAGUGACAUUAUUUCUUCUCUUGACCACGCACUGCAAAAUGCUGCACCACACGUACUGGGCGGCAGCAAAAUCGGGAGAACUGCAUCCAUGCAAAGAGUAGCUAGCUUAGAGCACCUCCAGAAACGAAUCCGCGGGGGAAUGAAUCAAGGUAGCCCACAACCUCCACAGGGCCAUGGUGGUCCGGAUCAGUAAUCGUUCAAGGCUUCAACCCUUGUCGUCUGAUAUUUAAAUCCGAUAUGAAUCUGCCAUUGCUAUGUAAAGCUAUUUAUUACUUCAUUGUGCAUUGGAUCCAGAAGGCAUCUUGCCUUUUGUUUUCGUAUCGCAUCAGCUACAUAAUGUCUUGGUGUGUAAUCUGUUUAAAUAUUGAAUAGUAUCAACUGCGGAUUAGUACCUUGUAGUGUUGUUUAUGGUUCUCAUUGAUGUGGAAAGAAAUGCAUAGAAUUGGCAAUAGACAACCUUUUUUAAUUGUUCAA